AUGGACCCCGCUGCUGCUGCUGCUGCUGCUGCUGCUGCUGCUGCUGCUGCGUCUGCCUUGCCCCUGGCCCUACUUCAGGCCCAGCUGCCAUUCCCUGGUCAGUUAAGCCCAUUGCCCCUUUUCUCUGGACAAGAAAUACAAGGGGCUGAAAGAACCACUCUUUGGAGACCUUGGAUGCCCUCCCCAAAGGAUCCCCCAAGGCAGGUAAGGAAACUGAUGGACCUCGCUGCUGGUAGGGCUACAGCUGCCGAGGUCACUAAGGCUGAAUCCAAAUUCCAUCACCCUGUCAGACUCUUCUGGCCCAAAUCCCGCUCCUUUGACUACCUGUACGGUGAUGGGCAGAUUUUACUGCAGAGCCUCCCUGUCCAGGCAACCAUCAACCUGUAUGAGGACUCAGACAGUGAAGAUGAGGAGCAUGAGGAGGACGAAGAAGAAGAGAACGAGAAGACUGAUGGAAAGGACUCAGAAGAGUGUGGGGCGGUACCAUGCAGGGCUACAGAUCUUCCCCUUUCCAUGCCUCUACCCUGUUUAAACUGAACUGGGGUUCAGUACCUUUUGCAAAGCUCCUGUGGGUCAUUGAGCUUGGAGUCUCUAUACUAAAAUUGGGGUUCUUGAGCUGUCCGCUCAGCUCACCCUGGCUUUUCCUACCUGUCCUGAGUCCAGGGCUCUGAGUAUCUCAUUGCGUGGGUUACUAUUGUGUUGACAAUGGGAGGGUCCUAGGAACUUUGGGGGAAGGGAAGAAAGACCUGUGUUUCCAAACCCCCGGGAAACAGAACAGAGUAUGGUGAUUACUUGGCGAGGAGAUUAAAAAAGAAGAAGAAGAAUUAGAAUUAGAAGACGAAGACGAAGAAGAAGAAAAUCUUUCCAGGCAGCACAUAACCUUGUCUCCACACAGAAAGUUGAUGUCUGGCUUGCCCCCAGGGCAUCAACUCCAGCUCCUUGCAAAGCUUGGGGGUGCUUUUGGGCGGUCCCUUACAAGAAGGGAAGGGGACAUGUGGUGAAUCAGCCUGCUCCGGGGACCCCUUGAUUUUUCCUGCUACUCACUGGGGCCUGCAUGUUGGCAUGAGAUGAGUCACGAGAAAAAUAAACUAGAUGAUGUUUGCCUUUU